CUGAAGUGUGGUUCGAAAGACGAACCAAUUACACACGGUCGAUGGCGUGCAUGUCCAUGGCAUCCGUCAAACUUGAUGCUCGAUCGAAUAAACGGCAAAAUAGUGCACAUUGAUUUCGGUGAUUGCUUUGAGGUGGCGAUGACACGCGAGAAAUUCCCCGAAAAGAUUCCGUUCAGAUUGACGCGAAUGCUCAUUCAGGCGAUGGAAUCGACGGGUAUCGAGGGUAAUUAUCGCAUAACUUGCGAAAGGGUAUUGCGCGUGUUGCGUUCCAAUAAAGAGAGUUUAUUGGCCGUGCUCGAGGCAUUCGUCUACGAUCCUCUCAUCAACUGGCGACUUAUGGAAGCUGGUGGCAAACGAGCACCACCGGAAUCGCAGCAACGCGAUGGACAGCGUGAUUCGAGGGCCGAAUUAUCGCUGAAAAGAAUUCGGCAUAAACUCUGUGGUAUGUAUUGUUUGGUGCUUGAUUUUAGCCAGUUUACGGUUGUUUUCUUUUUGAUAUCAUCGCAUUGA